GGAGGAGGAGGAGGAGGAGGAGAAGGGAAACGGCGGCGGCCCGGCGAGGUCGACCGGGAGGAGGCGGCGGGCCGCACUGGGGUGGGGGCGCGGAGCGGCUGAGACAGUGCCGAGCAGCCGGGGGCGGCGGCCACAGCAGCCAGGGCCUGGGCCGCGCUCCAGCCUUGCCGGCCGAGCUGGACUGGCCAUAAUGGAGGAGGAACUGCAGCAUUCACAUUGUGUGAAUUGUGUCAGUAGACGCUGUAUGACCAGACCAGAGCCUGGGAUUUCCUGUGACUUGAUUGGUUGUCCAUUGGUUUGUGGAGCAGUUUUCCAUUCUUGUAAAGCUGAUGAGCAUCGACUUUUGUGUCCGUUUGAACGAGUGCCUUGCUUAAAUAGUGACUUUGGAUGUCCAUUCACAAUGGCUCGAAAUAAAGUUGCUGAACAUCUAGAAACGUGCCCUGCAAGUGUGGUAUGCUGUACUAUGGAGUGGAACCGAUGGCCAGUUAGUUAUGCAGACCGGAAAUCAUAUGAAAAUCUAAGCAGAGAUGUUGAUGAGGUGGCACAAUUAGAUAUGGCCUUGGCUCUUCAAGACCAAAGGAUGCUCUUAGAAUCUCUCAAAGUAGCCACCAUGAUGUCAAAAGCGACUGAUAAAGUAUCAGAACCUAGAGAACAAAUCUCAGUUAAGUCAAGUGUCCCAGAAAUACCACAUACUAAUGGUUUGUUGUCUGUUGAUGAAGAAUCUUAUGGUGCACUUUAUCAAGCUACUGUAGAAACAACCAGAAGUUUGGCUGCUGCUUUAGAUAUCCUGAAUACCGCCACAAGAGACAUUGCCAUGUUAAGUACAAGUCUUUGUGCUUCUCCAAAUGAAAUGAAUGAAGAACAAAAUGCCAGGGAAAACUUACAGAAUAGAAUGUUGAAAGACCAGGACCAUCUUUACGAGGAUGAGUUAGGAGCAGUAGGUGGAAUUGACCAUAAUCAUACAAGUCAUAACAUCCAGUCUGAACAAAAUGGUUCAAGUGAUUUAUUGUGUGACUUGAAUACCAGUUCUUAUGGCACUUCUCCUCUUUGUAAUGGCUUUCCUUUGGAGGAUAUGUGUACACAGGUCAUAGACCAGAACCAAAAUAUACAUGAUGAUUCAAAACAAAGUGACUUAACAAAUGGAGAAUGUGUAGCAUCAGAUGACACUUUACAACCUUCCAGUUCACUUUCAGUAGCAGCACAACUUAGGGAAGUCAUGCCAGCUAGUGCUUUGCCUAAUGGCACAGUUCAGCAUAUCCUCAUGCCAGAUGAUGAAAGUGAAGGAGAAUUGUGUUGGAGGAAAGUAGACUUAGGAGACUUGAAGCAUUUGGAUGUCUUAUCUUUCAGUCAUCCUCCUCCAUUCAAAUUUCUGUCUAAUUCAUGUUGGUCUAAACCAAAGGAAGAUAAAGCAGUAGAUACAUCAGAUCUGGAAGUUGCAGAAGAUCCAAUGGGCCUCCAAGGAAUUGAUCUAAUCACAGCAGCGUUACUGUUUUGUCUAGGAGAUUCUCCAGGUGGGAGGGGUAUAUCUGAUAGUCGCCUGGUUGAUGUUUAUCACAUUGACUUUGGAACUCAAACUUUUUCACUUCCAUCUGCAAUAUUAGCUACAAAUACAAUGGUUGGGGAAAUAGCCUCAGCUUCAGCUUGUGAUCAUGCCAACCCACAGCUUUCAAAUCCAAGUCCUUUUCAGACACUUGGGCUGGAUUUAGUAUUGGAAUGUGUUGCUAGGUACCAACCCAAGCAGCGUUCAAUGUUUACAUUUGUUUGUGGACAAUUAUUUAGAAGAAAAGAAUUUUCUUCACAUUUUAAGAAUGUGCAUGGUGACAUUCAUGCUGGACUCAAUGGCUGGAUGGAACAGAGGUGUCCUUUAGCAUAUUAUGGUUGUACCUAUUCUCAGCGUAGAUUUUGUCCAUCCACACAAGGAGCAAAGAUUAUACAUGACCGCCAUUUGAGGUCAUUUGGAGUUCAGCCAUGUAUAUCUACAGUAUUAGUAGAGCCUGCUAGUAACUGUGUGUUGGGAUUAUAUAGUGACCAUCUAAGUGGUCUUCCUUUUGAGGUUCUGCAACAUAUUGCAGGCUUUCUUGAUGGCUUCAGUUUAUGCCAGCUCUCAUGUGUAUCCAGGUUAAUGAGGGAUGUCUGUGGCAGUCUGCUUCAGUCUCGUGGAAUGGUCAUACUGCAGUGGGGGAAAAGGAAGUAUCCAGAAGGAAAUUCAUCAUGGCAGAUAAAAGAAAAGGUGUGGCGAUUCAGUACUGCAUUUUGUUCUGUUAAUGAAUGGAAAUUUGCUGACAUCCUAAGCAUGGCUGACCACUUGAAGAAAUGCAGUUAUAAUAUUGUAGAGAAACGGGAGGAAGCAAUUCCAUUGCCAUGUAUGUGUGUAACACGAGAACUCACUAAAGAAGGACGUUCACUUCGUUCAGUUUUAAAACCUGUACUUUAAAACCACAACUCCACUUGUGCAUACAUGCAAGCACCUAGUAUACUUUUUCGUAAUAUGUGACUUUAUUAAUGUAUUAAAGAUUUCAGCUAGCUAAAUUUAUUGUCACUAUGUAUAUAACAUUUUGAAGUGACAUAUAUUUUUAUAAAGUACUGUUUAUUUGGAAAAAGUUGCCUUAAUGUUUGAAAUGUGUGAAAUUUUUGGAACUUGCUGGACAGGGUGAUUUAGCUUUUAGCUACAUAAUUUUCAGAAUUCAUAUUUUUAAUGGUGUGCAUAUUUUGGUUCUUAAAUUUUUUGCUUCUUAAACUAACCAGAUCCCCACCAAACAAUUUAUUCCUCACGUUUUCUGUGGGUUGCAAUCCAUGCAUUCAAAAAGCAAAACUUUGAGUAAAAUUUUUAUAACAUAAGUUUCUUGGGAAAAAACAUCCAGUUGCUUAAGCACUGCCAUAAGAUCAUUAUAAAGAUUUUAUUUUCUAGUGCCCUCCUUAUAUAAUUGUUGAUAUGUAGAUCACUAAUAUAUAACGUAAUAUUUAAAAUCAUGACUGACGUUUGGUAAUGUCAUUUACCAUGUUUUAAAAAUAAUCCACAGAAACGUUUUCACCUUAGGUAUUUACAACUCUCGUACAGAGUACCACAUGCAGUUUUCUUUCUUGUUGCCCUCCACAUCCAAAGACACAUGGCAUGUACCAUAAGUUAGGGUAAAUCAAAAACAAACAAAAAGCCUGUGAGUUUAUUUUAAUUUUAAACUGCUCUUGUUAUUAUAUAUUUGCCAGGCAUUUGGUAUUUGGAGAGGAAAAUAUACCUCAUUUUAAGUUUGAAUUGGACAUAUUGUGUGAAUAAUCAAAUAGAAUGCAAAGGGCUUAACUUGUUGUCAUAAACAUUUAAAAUUUUUGCUUGCUGUUUAUAAAAAUCACAACCAUUUUGUUUUAAGACAUUUAAAAAUGUGAAAUUUGGUUAUCUUUGUAAAAUGACAAUCAUGAAAAUGCAGAAACCUGUCUUGGUUGACAAUCUCUUUAAAACAUUUCCAGGUUAAUUUCCCAUAGAUUUCUCCACCAAAAUGGGUAAGAAUCGCAUCUUUGUAUAAAGAUCAAGUUACAACACAAAUAUUCAAAGACCUAUUUUUUUUUUUUUUUGGUAUCAUUAAUGUACAAUUACAUGAGCAACAUUAUGGGUACUAGACUCCCCCCAUUAUCAAAGUCCCCACCACACACCCCACCACAGUCACUGUCAAAGACCUAUUCUUGAAAUAUUUUAUUAUAGUUUUCAAAUUGAUUCAUACUAUUACUAACUUGAUGUGGUCAGUUUAAAAAAAUGAAUAUAUCAGUAUUUAGAAAUAAAUCCAAGUGAUGAGGGUGUGCACUUAAAUAAUUUAAGUACCUCUGGCAUUUGGCAGUGUGAAAAGUUGACAAGUUACUGUGUUUUAAAAUGUCAAAACUCUGUGUGUCUUCUCGUCCUACAUUUGUCCCUGGGAGUGCUCUAUUGUUACUAGGUUCUUGAUUCCCAUAUACAGCAGUCAGACUGGGCAAAAGAGUUCUUGGGCAUUAGAAAAUAAUUCUGAAUUGCAUGACACUUCAUUGGAUCAAGUUCUUAUUGCAGUUGAAAAAUACAGCAUUAAAAACUAAUGAGUUGUUUUGUCUCACCUUCAUUUUAAUUAGUAGAAUACUUAUUUCCCAGUACUUAAACUUUUUUUCAACUGUGAGAUUGAGAUUACAUAAACAGUGUCUAUUUCUGUGAAAAAAAUCAGAAAUAAAGUAUCAAAUACUAUAAAAUAUAAUGCUACCUUUUAAAGUUUUGCUGAAGGAUGUGUCUGGUUAGGACAGCACAAACAUUAACUCUUUGUUUUAUGGUUGUGCUUUUUAAUAUCCUUGGGUUUUAAGUCUAGACUUAUUUUUCCCACACUGCAUCAUGCUGUAGUUAACAUUUUCCCACCAUAUAUUUCUUCUACACAUCUUUGGGUGUUUUUUGUUCUGUUUGUUAUGCCGCCAUAAUAGUUUAUCAAAAUGUUUUCUUUGUGCAACAUCUGUUCAAAUUCUAAUAAAAUUAAUAUUUCCCCUU